AUGAAGACGGGAAAGCAGCUAACAGGCACUCUAGCUCUGGCUGUGUUCACAGCCACUCUGGGAUCCCUACAGUUUGGAUACAGUCUUGGAGUCAUCAACGCACCCCAAAAGAUCAUUGAAAAGAGUUAUGGCCAGUCCCUGGGUGUGUGGACAGAAAGGGCUGCUGGUUCAUCAGAAAACAUCACAGAAGAAGACCCAGGUCACCACCCUUCUGUGAUCAUGUAUUGGUCAUUGUCAGUGGCAAUCUUCUCCAUCGGUGGCAUGGUAUCCUCCUUCUUGGUUGGAUUUGUGGGUGAUCUGAAAGGGAGGGUAAAAGGGAUGUUAAUGGUCAAUGUUCUGGCUGUAGCAGCUGGACUGCUGAUGGGUCUUUGUAAGAUGUGGAAGCCACACAUCAUGGUCAUCUCAGGCCGCGCUGUCAUGGGUUUCUAUUGUGGUCUGGCAUCUGGGCUAGUCCCUAUGUACAUUGGGGAGAUUGCACCAAAAGCUUACAGAGGGGCUCUGGGAGCAUUACACCAGCUCGCUGUUGUCAUUGGCAUUCUAAUCAGCCAGGUAAUAGGUUUGGAUUUUGCGCUUGGUAAUGAUAAAAUGUGGCCCCUGUUGCUUGGUCUGUCUGGAGCUCCAGCAAUAUUACAAUCCCUUCUGCUGCCUCUUUGUCCUGAGAGUCCACGAUACCUUUACAUCCUAUUGGGCAAGGAGCAAGAGGCUCGACAAAGUCUGUGUCGUCUAAAAGGGCCGUAUGAUCCAACUAUGGAUCUGGAAGAGAUGAGAAGGGAAAAAGAAGAGGCAAACAAAGAGGCCAGAGUCUCUAUCUUUUCUUUGAUCUGCUCUUCUGUAUACAGAAAACAGCUGGUUGUUGCCCUCAUGAUGCACCUCUCCCAGCAGUUGUCUGGCAUCAAUGCUAUCUUUUACUACUCUACGGCUAUCUUCUCUCGAGCUGGUGUCAGUCAUCCAGUUUAUGCCACUAUAGGAGUCGGGGUCAUCAACAUGAUCUUCACUAUGGUGUCUGUGGCACUGGUGGACAGGGCUGGCAGACGCACCCUAACUCUGGUUGGUCUUGGGGGAAUGUGUUGCUGUGCUGUUGCCAUGACAGUGGGCCUCAAAUUGCAGAAUGAAUAUUCGUGGAUGAGCUACGUCAGCAUGUCAGCUAUCUUCCUCUUUGUAAGUUUCUUUGAGAUCGGGCCUGGUCCCAUUCCGUGGUUCAUAGUGGCUGAACUGUUCAGCCAGGGACCUCGACCUGCUGCUAUUGCUCUAGCUGGCUGCUGUAACUGGACCUGCAACUUCAUCAUAGGCAUGACCUUUCAGUAUAUACAGGACUGGUUGGGUUCUUACGUGUUCAUCCUGUUUGCCGUGCUGCUUCUUGGCUUCGUACUAUUUAUUUAUUUUCGGGUGCCGGAAACCAAGGGCAAAUCCUUUGAAGAGAUUGCUGCUAUCUUCCACAAGGGACGUUGGAUCCCUACAGAUAAUAGUGAACUGCAAGAGCUUAAAUCAUCCACAAAUGCCUAAAACAAAAGCUGUUUGCUUUUGAAGUCUUAUUCUAUGAUAUACAAGUGUAUAUUCGAUAUUAUUUCCUAGAUGCUCGUUUAUCACACACUUAUCAAUUUAGCGUUAUAACGACCACCUGAUUUGUUAAAGAGAAAUUUUUUAAGGCUUGUGAA